AUGGUUGCUCAACUCUCUCUCUCAAAGGAGAUAGUUGCCAGUGUCAUCAACUCCAAAACAACCAAAGAUCUGGAAUUUGAGAACAGGUUUGGGCAAAGUAAUAGUGCUCAACUCUAUCAAAUACAAAAAGAGUUGAGUGAUUUAGUGCAGGGAUCAAAUGAUAUUGCUGGGUAUUUCACAAAAAUCAAGAGGUUGUGGGAUGAGCUUGAUGCUCUAAGCACUUCUGUCAACUGCACAUGUGACUGCCAGUGUGGUGGAAAAGCAAAAAUAGGUAAGUCUCUUCAAGAUGAAAGAUUGAUUCAGUUUCUAAUGGGUUUAAAUGAUGUCUAUGCAGCUGGGAAAAGCAAUAUUCUGAUGCUCUCACCAUUACCCUUUACCACUCUUGGUCAGAAGUCUGGAUAUUAUGAAGCCAAACAGAAGAAAACUAAUUUGGUGUGCUCAAACUGUAAAAAACCUGGGCAUUCUGUGGAUAAAUGCUAUAGGAUAAUAGGCUUUCCUAGUGACUUCAAGUUUACCAAAGCUAAGAGAUUCCUGGGAAAUGUGAAGAACAAUGUCGUCUUCAUGGAAGGAACACAAGAACAAAAUGGAGAGCAUUUUGAUGGAGAAGGGCAGGGGAAACAUUUCACCAAAGAUCAAUGCUCACAACUCAUUCAGAUGCUUUAG